CAGACUACGAUCUGUGCACAGAUUGCAUUUAAGGAUCUAGCGUUACAUGUAAUACAAGGCGAGAGAAGCACAUUACUAGCAGUAGUCUACUCAGCCUUCGGCGCUCCUCUUGUCCUUAAAGCUUUGGAAAACGACCGGGCCAUGGCAUCUCCCACGAAGGAGAAGACCCCGAAGCCGGCCUCUGGCAAGAGCAAGAGCAAGGGCAAGGAAAAGAAGGAGACUGAGUUGGAAGACCUGAAACAGGAAUUGGACAUAGAUGACCACAUGAUCUCCCUGGAGGAAUUCUGUACAAGAUACAACACCAGCACAGACGUUGGCUUGACAAGGGCCAUGGCUGCUGAAGUGUUUGAACGCGACGGACCAAACUGUCUAAUCCCCCCACGGAAAACACCGAAGUGGGUCAAGGACUUUGUCAAAGACAUGUUUCCCAAGCAAACUUUGGUUAUCCGGAGUGGAGAGCCCAUUAGUGUGGACAUUGAAAACGUCGUGGUGGGAGACCUUGUUCAACUGAAGGGCGGAGAUCGUAUUCCUGCUGAUGUUCGUAUCGUCGAGGCCGAUGGAUUUAAGAUCGACAUCUCUCUGCUCACUGGAGAAUCAGAGCCCCAGAUUCGGUCUCCCGAAUUCACCAACGACAAUCCGUUUGAGACAAGAAACAUUGCUUUGUUUUGCACAGUUGGGGUUGAAGGCAGUGCCAAGGGCAUUGUUUUCAACACUGGUAACCGAAUGGUCAUGGCCCCUUCUGCCUUGAGGGUCAGCCGAUUGGAUUUAGAGGAGACACCAAGUUAUUGUUGCUGUUCGUCAUAAAAAAAACCCAAUUCCAAGCGUUCAGCCGUCUCUCCAUAG